UCCUCAAGAAAAGAUCUAUCUGUAUGGCUUCUAUAAAUUCUGGAGUCGUUCAUCUUUUGCCCCCUGAUCGUUGCCGUGGCGGAAGCACUUCGGCUCGGCAAGACCUGCUCUUCCCGACGAGAUCUGAAGGUGGCUUUCCAUGGGAGACUUUAACGGAAGUUUCCAUCGCAUGCAACGCGAGUCACGCUCUGACGAGCCACCAAGAGGACCUCCCUUUCAGCCGGGACCCUGGGGCAACGAGCCUUAUCCUAGGCGAGGUAACAACUCUCCUCAUCGAGAUCAUCGAUUUUGGGGGGAAGCACCUCCCUGGAGAGAGAGAGAGAACAUCAAUAUUACGUGGAUCGUGAGCGGCCCCCGAGCAACUACUACCCUCCUCGCGACUUAUCGGGCCCAGGGUGAUCGUGAUCAUUUUAAAGGAAAUCGUCGGCCAAAAUAUUCGGGCCAAGGUAAAGAUCUUUCACCUUCUGCUGAGACGAGCAAGCCCACAACUCACACACAUUCUGGUAGCAUGGGAGGAACAGGGAAGGAACAACACUCUAAUGAUGUUUCAGAGGGAAAACAAACGCACGUUGAUGGUCCCUCACUGACACCUCAUGCUGCUGCCAGCAGUCAGGAUGCAUAUAAAGAAGAGGGGAUGGAAGUGGAUCCCUUGACGGCUAUCUUUGAUGGAGAUGUGGAGCACUGCAUCAGUGCUGUGGCCACCCACCUCAAACUCAGUAGGGGAACAAAGCUUGUCAUCGAAGCUUCACCAACUUCUGACCCAAAGUGUACAGUACCAAUAGCGCCCUCGAAAUUGACGAGGCGUACAUUGCGGAGUGGGGGCGAGCAAAAUAAGCCAUGGGAGCCCCCUGUCAAGAACACUAGUCCAACGACCUUGGUAAUACUUAAUCCAGUCCUCGACAAGGCUCCUGAUUUUCCCACAAGAACUCUAGCCCAAGAAUUUAUCAAAUCUCUUGAGAAGAGAUGGAGGCGAGAUAGCGCGGCCCAGCUACAAGUGGGGCUGCCUUACAGUGAGAAAUUUUUAAUCUGGGCUAGGAUGAUGUUGAUAGCUGAGGAGGACAGGCAAAUGUUGGAGCGUGCAGGCAUUCUUAGAGGAGUUUUCAGCAUACUUUUCCGCAUCUGCCCAGCUUGGCCGCUCAUUCAAGCCUUUAUUGAUUUCUGGAAUGUCAUGCCUAUGAUGAAUUCAUCCCAGCACCAUUCUGCGCCGAAGACAGUGCAGUCAAUACUUUGCUCGCGGUUUAUGCUAAACUAUGCCAACAUAGGUUGGCGCAUGGUGCAGAAGGCGAAGGUGUAA